CUAAGCAUUGACUGGCGCAACUGCUGGGCACUGACUGGUGGCACUGACUGGCAGCACUGCAUUGAUGGGCACUGGUGGGUGGCACUGCUGGGCACAGGUAGGUGGCACUGCUGGGUGGCACUGCUGGGCACAGGUGGGCGGAACUGGUGGGUGGCACUGCUUGGCACUGAUCAUCAGGGCACUGAUCAUCAGUGCCCUGAUGAUCGGUGCCGAUCACUGCUCUGACAACUGCCGGUUCUCGGCAGUACUUUCCUCGCACUCUGACAGCAUGAGGAAAGUGCAGCCGAGAACCGGCAAUUGC